AUGCGCUCCGCUUGUUUUUUAGUGUUCUUUGCGAGUGUUGUGAUUGAUCUAGCUAAUUUGAGUGGAGAUGAAAAUGCUAACAUCAGUCUGCAUAGCUGCUCUAGAGACAUGGAGUUGUAUCGCUGUCGUUCCUCGGAUUUCGCUAAAGAAGGGAAAAACCUCAGUGUAAAUGAUAGUCUGGCUCUUACUAUCCACUGUCUACGCUCACACUUGAAGAAAUUAGAGCUGGCAUGUCGUGAUACUUUGCUUCAUAUAGUCGAACAACAGUCUAAGGAUUACCACUUGGACCCCAUACUUUACAAAGCAUGCCGUGAAGAUCAACAGCGCCUUUGCCCUAAUGUGCAGUCGGGUGGAGGCAGAGUCUACGAGUGUUUGAGAACACACAAGUAUCAUGACCAAAUGUCAGUAGAAUGCCGUAAGGAAAUUUUCGAAAGGCAAAUUCUGAUUGCAUCGGACUAUCGAAUCAACUUUCGAUUUGCCGAAUCGUGCGCUGUAGACAUUGCCAAUGCCAAAUGUAUCUCGGAAAACAAAUCCGGAGCCAAUCUCGCCCAUCUGAUGCUCUGCUUGGAAGCGGUGGAAAAGCCCAGGCUCACUGACGAUAACAAACUCAUUCCACCACGACACCUGCUCCCGACUUGUAAGGCCGAGUUGACUGAAUUGAGACGAGAGCUCCUCGAAGACUAUCGUCUCUCACCGGACCUCAUGUUGCACUGUAACAGCACAAUUGAGCGGUAUUGUUCAAAACGGAAACGCAGACCUCGUACAAUGAUCCACUGUCUGGUAAAAGUGAUCAAUAAACCUGUCCUACCGGCGGAUCGUCCACCGGAAAUGUGUAUCAAUGCGGUGCAUGAUUUACUUAAGCUUCUGGUUCGAAAACCUCCGGAGAGCAGAGCUGUAUGCUACCGAGCGCGUCCCCAGGUCGCGGAUAGGGGAACGGCCGUCAACUCGCGGCUAACCGUGAAUAAGAUGGGCUUCGGUCCUCCGAAUAAGCGGUCGCAGAUGAUCAGCGGCAGCAAUCGAGGAUGUGACCAACCUUCUGAGGCGGAAAUCCAAACCUUGGGACGUCACAAAGCGCCAGGCUCCGAUGGCCUUUCCCCAGCCCUAUUUAAAGAUGGCGGAAUUAAGCUUGUUUGA